GCAAGAGAGAACGAUCACAGAUUUGCUGGGGAGUGACAUCUAGGAGGUCAGGGGUGGUUGCCACCGCUGUUCCAGAGGGUGUUGAGGUGUCCUGGUGCAGGGUCCUUCACAGGAGCCAUGUCCAAGAUGGAGGCACUGGAGAGGAUGCUGAGCCACACCACCCUGUCCACUCAGAGAGUCCUGCACACACGCAUCCUGGAUCUGGGGGAGAAGUAUCGUUCUCAGUCCUCCACAAGCUCCAGACAGGCCCCAAGGCUGCCUGCUCCUGCCCCCCACGCGGAGCAGGGUGAGGUGGGGGACACGCUGGAGGAGGACGUCUGGAUGGAGGUGUUUCUGAGGAGGGCGGAGGAGGAGAGAGAGGAGGCUCUGAGACUGCAGGAAGAGCGCCUGCAGGCGCGCUUCAAAGCGGCGCUGCGGGCCAGAGAGAGGCUGGAGGCCGAGCAGAGGCAGGGGGAGCGGGUGGAGCAGCAGGCCCGCUUUGAAGAGCGCUGGGCAGGGUCGCGGGCUGAGCUGGAGAGGGAGAUGAGACUGACCCUGGAGAAGACCCGCGGGCGACUGAGGGCGGAGAUGAGGACGGAGGCGGAGCGAGAGAGACGGAGAGAAAUUGAAGCGAUGGAUGCCAGAGCAAAGGAGGCUAUGAGGAGGAGCGUUCGAGGUACGGAGGAGUGCGUGCGCCAGCAGUGUGAGAGAGAGGCACAGAGAGACCGAAUGAGCCUGCAAGACAAACAUGCCAUGGAACUAUCUCACAUGCAAAGCAGGAUAGGGCAGCUGGAGGAGAGUCUGGCCACAGUCACAAGGGAGAGGAUGCGGUAUGAGUGUGAGUUUAAGAAGGUGCAGUGCAGCUACAGACAGUUUGUGGACCUGACCGACUCGUCCCUCCACUCUGACUACCUGCUGAGACUGCGACGGUUAGGCCGAGAGCCUGGAUACACCGAGACCGGGGUGCAGACUGAUGAUGUCAUCACCACUGGUGACACCCUAACCACCUGAGAUGAAACCUGGCGGCUAAGGUGGUUAAGAUUGGUCUUGAUCUGAACGUGUACACAAGGGACAUGAGUGUCUGUGUUGAUAAGGUCAUGUUUGGGCCAUCCCUUUACUUUGGAAGGGUUCAUGCAGUGCCUCCUGUUUUCAUGAGAAGUGUG